AUGGCUGAGGUGCCCAAGAAAGGGCUCUUCGGGUAUGAGGACCGCCCCAUUUCCGACUGGGAUCACGUCAUUGCUCAGCUGUGCCCAUCCUCCACACCCUUCUUCGCAGGUGUUUGCAGGAGCAGGCCCUUGGAUUUGGUGUUCAUCAUCGAUAGUUCCCGCAGUGUGCGGCCCCUGGAGUUCACCAAAGUGAAGACCUUUGUCUCCCAGAUAAUUGACACUCUGGACAUUGGGGCGGCAGAUACACGGGUGGCAGUGGUGAACUAUGCUAGCACCGUGAAGAUUGAGUUCCAUCUCCAGACCCACUCAGAUAAACAGUCCUUGAAACAGGCUGUGGCUCGGAUCACACCCCUGUCUACAGGCACCAUGUCCGGCCUGGCUAUCCAGACAGCAAUGGAUGAGGCCUUCACGGUGGAGGCAGGAGCUCGGGGGCCCACUUCCAACAUCCCUAAGGUGGCCAUCAUCGUGACAGAUGGGAGGCCCCAGGACCAGGUGAAUGAGGUGGCGGCUCGGGCCCGGGCAUCUGGUAUUGAACUCUACGCCGUGGGCGUGGACCGGGCAGACAUGGAGUCCCUCAAGAUGAUGGCCAGCGAGCCCCUAGAUGAGCACGUUUUCUAUGUGGAGACCUACGGGGUCAUUGAGAAACUCUCCUCUAGAUUCCAGGAAACCUUUUGCGCUCUGGACCCGUGUGUGCUUGGCACACACCAGUGCCAGCACGUGUGUGUCAGUGAUGGGGAAGGCAAGCACCACUGUGAGUGCAGCCAAGGCUACUCCUUGAACGCCGAUCAGAAGACGUGUUCAGCUAUCGAUAAGUGUGCUCUGAACACUCACGGUUGUGAACACAUCUGUGUGAACGACAGAACUGGCUCUUACCACUGUGAGUGCUACGAAGGUUACACCCUGAACCAAGACAGGAAGACUUGUUCGGCUCAAGACCAAUGUGCCUUUGGUACACAUGGCUGCCAGCACAUUUGUGUAAAUGACAGAGAUGGGUCCCAUCACUGUGAAUGCUACGAGGGUUAUACUCUGAAUGCUGACAACAAAACGUGUUCAGUUCGCAGCGAGUGUGCUGGGGGCUCGCACGGCUGCCAGCACCUGUGUGUGGACGACGGGCCCGCGGCCUAUCACUGCGAUUGUUUCCCCGGCUACACCCUGACCGAAGACCGGAGGACGUGCGCAGCCAUUGAAGAAGCACGAAGACUCGUCUCUACAGAAGAUGCUUGUGGGUGUGAAGCCACCCUGGCCUUCCAGGAGAGGGUCAGCUCAUAUCUGCAGAGACUGAAUGCCAAACUCGAUGAUAUUUUGGGCAAGUUGCAAGCAGAUGCGUAUGGACAAAUACAUCGUUGAAUUACUCAGAUUUUUCACCUGGAUAUACGGAGAGCUUGGUCUAUUUAAUAUUUUUGCAUACUUCAAUGUUCCUGCUAAUAAUUUGCCAUUGCAAAUGCUUUAAUAUUACUGGAUAAGUAGUAUGAGGAUCUUCUAGAGAAUCAGUAGGACAUAAACGUUCACAUCCUUAAGAGCAAACUUUAGUGUCUCUAAGCUAUGACUGUGAAAUGAUUCAUGGGGAAUAGAAUGAAAAGUUUGGUAUCUCUUUAUUUACCAAUUGAGCCAUUUAAUUUUUAAAUGUUUAUAUUAGUAAGAUAACCAUUCUUACAAUGGGAACUUUUUAUCUAUUUUCUCUUGAUAGUAUUUAUAGUAUAAACCAGUUUUAUUAUUGAGAGUGUAAAUUAUACAAGUAUUUACACAUAAAAAAGUUCAUAUAAUUGAGGUAAAUAUAAUUUAGAACUGUUUCUUUAAUGCUUUGUUUUUUGCUCACUUUUUGCUGGAAUAUCACUGAAGCUGUGAUCAGGGGAUUAUAACACAUAUCAAGAUCAAGUGAACACUACAUGAAAUAUUGUAAGAAACACAUAA